GCUUGGCGCGAAUGCGGUAUUGAUCCUCAUAUGGUAUUACCGGCUUCAAACAAGUAUAUCGCAACCGAUUUCACAAUUCACCCACGGCCCCCAGAUGCACCAAAAGAUGCGCCGCAACUCCUCCUUUCCACUGACAUUUUCCGGUUAUGGUAUUACCCUGAUCAGGAAUUUCUCCUCCCCAAAGGGUUUGUCACCCUUCACCUUAUCAGUCCUUUGUCAUUCCAAACGCCAUUGCGCACACUACUCACGGCAUUAUACGUUGACUUGUUCGAGGAUCAUAUCAGUGAAGAUACCUACAACUGCAUGCUGGCUGGGAUGAUUGUCGAUGCCAAACGCACAACUCAGGGAAUCAAGCUCACUCUUGCUGGUUAUACUCACAAGCUGAGCUUACUAAUUCGAAAUAUUGUAGACAAACUGAUCCACUUUAGUGCUCCGACACCCGAUCGAUUUCGUUAUUUACGUGAAGAGAUCGGACGAGAGAUAAAAAAUUUCGAUAUGAAAGCUCCGUAUCAGCAGGCGGGAAUCUAUCUCACUAAUGUAAUCUCCGAUCAUUCUUGGAUCAACGAAGAUUUAGCCAAAGCAUUCCCCGGUAAGCUCAUUGUUUCAUUGCUAUUUUUGUUUGAUGAUAAUGAAAUUUUGGUCCCAUCCACUGCUGUAGUACAAUCAUUGGAAAUAUCUCAUGGGUAG